AAUGUCUUUGUGAUGAGAACAGGAUGCAGUUGGCGCUCAAGGUGAGCCUUGGCUUCCGUGUUUGGGAUGGGCGGGGAACAAAAGCCAGAGUGGCGGCCACCGGCGCGCCCCGAGCUGCCGAGCUGCCCUCGGCGACUUGUGCUCGACAUCCAUAGCAGCAAAAAGAUCCCGGCUAACCGAUGGCGCUAGUCCCAACACAGAAGCCAAGCCUCAGAUGGGUCCCCAUGUGGGCCCCCAUGUGGUCCGUCUGAACGCCAGCGCGGUGGGUCCCGCCCAGGAAUUCGCCUGCUUCUGCUGUCAUGACGGAACAGAAACGACGGCAGAGCAAAAAGGGGCAAAAACAACCAAGAUGGAAAACAGCCCGAGGGAAAUCUCUGGCCCCAGACAACCCAGAGCUGCAGCCCGGCAAAGCUUACCGAGCCCUAGGCGCCACCUCGGCGUCUGCGUUGGGAGCUCUACUGUACACAGUAAUUACACACCAGCCCAGCUGCCAACUCAGGGCUCAAGAAACGGGCUCGAGACAUGGACCCGCCCGCCAUGGGCCCCCCUCCCAAAUCCCCCAUAUCCUGCCGUAUCCGGAAGCCAAGCCUCAUGUCACCCGCGUGUGGAUUGCUUGCUGAUGGGCGCGGGCUCCGGGGGGCCUGGAUCGCGUGGGAUCGGGUUUGUGUUUGGGUGUUUGCUGCUGGUGGACCGCCCUGGGGGCUCGAGGCGACAUGGAAAAGUUGUUUUUCUCCAUCUCCAUCCGUGCGGGUGUUUCUGCCCCGGCUGCCCGUCCUCAGUCUUUUGUCUAUACUAUAUAAAGCUUGCGAAUAGCCCCUUGUUUUUCGCCAGUUCGUCUGUCUGCAGUCAUCUAUACAAACUAGAAUCCUCUCAGCAAACACUGCGCUCUUCUCCUCAUAACGUCAUCGACGCUGUGCCUGACCCUUAUUCCAUACCCCUCGCGCUCCCGCCUAUACCCAAAGAAAAAGAAACAAGAUGGCCAAAUCCGACACCUCCGAUCCAGAAUCCGGCGAGCCCGCGGCCCCUGAUGGUAUGAGCCCGGAGCAGGUCGACAAGCUCGGCCGCGAGCGCCCGCCAGCCUUCAAGACAUGGUGGGCCGAGUGGGCCUUUUGCGCAUCCAUCCUCGGGUCCAUGCUGAUGGCUGAAUUCUUCAUCAGCGGCUUCGUCCUCGUCCUGCCCGCCGUCACGCGGGCGCUGGACAUGCCGCCGGGCACCCAGACGUGGCCGGCGUCCGUCUUCGCCAUCGUGAGCGGCUCGCUGCUGUUCCCGUUCGGGCGCGUGGCCGACAUGUACGGCGGCCGGCUCGUCUACAUCUGCGGCCUGCUCUGGUACGCCGUGUGGUGCCUGAUCGCGGGCUUCAGCCCCAACCACCAGGUCCUGAUCGUGGCCCGGGCCAUGCAGGGGUUCGGCCCGGCCGCCUUCUUGCCCUCGGGCGUCAUGCUGCUCGGGUCCAACUACCGGCCCGGCCCGCGCAAGAACAUGGUCUUCAGCCUGUACGGGUCCUGCGCCCCCGUCGGCUUCUUCAUCGGCAUCCUAGCCGGCGGCGCCACGGCCGAGUACAUGACCUGGAGCUGGUACUUUUGGCUCGGAUCCAUCGUGCUUUUCAUCAUCGGCGUCGCCUCCAUCUUUGGCAUCCCCGUCGAGACCAGCAGGCCCAAGGACGCCCAGGACGUGCGCAUGGACUGGUGGGGGCUCGUCACCACCGUCCCGGGCCUGCUGCUCGUCAUCUUCGCAAUCACCCAGGGCGCCCACGCGCCGCAGGGGUUCGCGACACCCUACGUAUACGUCACCCUCGUCGUCGGCCUGCUGCUGUUGGGGGCGGCCGUCUACGUCGAGGGCUGGGUCGCCGAGCAGCCGCUCAUCCCUUACGAUCUGUUUGCCCCCAAGUACAUGACGGCCAUGGUGAUUGGGCUGUUCAACAUCUACGGCGCGUUUGGCGUGUUUCAGUUCUAUGCGAGCUUUUACAUCCAGAAUAUUCUCGGUCACGGCCCGCUCCUCGCCGCGCUAUGGUUCAGCCCCCUGUGCGCGGGCGGCUUCGUCCUAGCCAUCAUCGGCGGCGUGGUGCUGCACAAGCUGCCCAACCACGCGCUCCUCGUCAUCUCCGGGCUCGGCAGCGUCGUCUCCACCAUCCUCUUCGUCUUCAUCCCGGCCGACAGCGACCUCAACUACUGGGCCUGGGUCUUCCCCGCCAUGCUGGGCGCCACCGUCGGCGUCGACAUCGCCUACAACGUCUCGAGCGUCUUCAUGACCACGAGCCUGCCCAGCCACCGCCAGGGGCUCGCGGGCGCCCUCAUCAACACCCUCAUCUUCCUCGGCGUCGGCCUCUACCUGGGCGUGGCCGACCUCAUCGUCCAGACCACGGCGCCCGCCCAGCAGCACAACGGCGGCCCGGCCGCCGCCGACCCGGCCAGCGCGCGUGAGGGCCAGAUCGCGGGCUUCCGCAACGCCUUUUGGUUGGCCUUUGCCUGCUCCGCCUCGGCCCUGCUCAUCCUGGGCCUGUUUGCGCGCGUCGGCAGGGCCAAGAGCGACCUCACCUUCGACGAGAAGCAGCAGCUCCAGGCCGAGGCGCUGCGCGUGCAGGCUGCGCCGCCAGCCGCUGAGGCAAAGGGCACGAGCAGCGGCGCGUCAUCAUCAUGACCGCCCGACUCACGCUGAGCGUGGUGCGCGCGAAGAAAUGGGCCCCUCCGAAAUACGAUACGAGGGAAGGCCAUAUCCGCCAGCAGCCGGACUGAGGUGCGCGUUUGCAUAUGAGAUGCAACGACGCACUGGCUGGAAUGAAAUUUAUGGGCGAACAGCGGCCUCGCCCCCCGUCCUGCUAUUCUUAUUAUAAUUUUUCCAUUUUUAUCAUCAUCCUCAUCGUUAUAUCUGUCAAGCAUCCUUUUUAGAAGCAGCAGCAUUGUGACGGGCGUUUGGAGUUGAUGUGAUGGGCUUCACUAUUGCAAAGAGCAAUCUAAUCAACCUGACCGUUUGGAUAUUACCUGAGGGCCCAUUUUGGCUCAGAAACCUGGUAGACAUUUCUACAAUAUUUAGACACGCAUCGCAACUCAUGUCACACACGCUUUAUGAGUUUAGCCUGAAGUCCAUGUGUAG